AUGUUUUUAUCAUUCUUCUCUGCACUUUCCUAUAGUGAAAGCAAGCCCGGAAUACUCAAAAAGGUAUUUGAUAGUAAUAUUUUGAAGAUUGAUGUCAGUGGUUCUUCAAAACAAUACAUAAAUGGCUCCAUUCAAAUGACAAAACCAGAAUAUGCAGUUUAUCCUUUCGAUAAAUCUUACGAUUGGUGUUCUAAUUGUGGAAAGACUUACGAUGAGCAUCCUUUCAUUAUAUUCUCUCUCAGCUCUAAAAAAUUUAAAUUCAAUAGCUACUUUGUUAGAUGCGGUUGCUGCUACAAUGGUUGCUGCUGUGAAGAAUAUGGAUACACUGUACACUGCUGCUUAUAUAGUUGGUCCCUUCAAAUUUCCGAUGAUAACAAGACAUGGACAACUGUUCAUAAUGUAGAAAAAGACAGACAAAUGCGGGAUUGCAAUGAAAAAACAUUUGACUUAGACAAAUAUUAUACAGCCAAAUACGUCCGUUUAAUCCAAGACGAACACUGUCCAGGAUAUCCGCCAUGCAUCGCAAUUAACAAGUUUGAAUUAUAUGGUGACACAGUUAAUAGUGAAACUGAUGAAUCUGAUGAAUUUGUUUCAUAUCAUGACGAUGAUGACGAUGUUAGCAUCAUUGGACAUAUUUCAAAGAAUGGAAAUGUUAGAAAUUAA